CCCCUCCCCUCACCCUGCUCCCAUUCACCACUCCACUCAAGAAGAAGGGUUACGGCCCGUUCACUUGCGUUAUUUUUGUAGAUAUUGUCCCUUAAACUAGGGGCUAACCCAUCACCAAGAAGUAAACUGAUUUAUUGAAAAUGUCGGCCGGAGACUGGUGCCUCAUUGAAAGUGAUCCGGGAGUAUUCACGGAGCUGAUUAAUAAGUUUGGUGUGAAAGGUUGUCAAGUGGAGGAACUGUGGAGCUUGGAUGCUGAUCAGUUUGAGAACCUCAAACCUAUUCAUGGAUUAAUCUUUCUUUUCAAAUGGAUCAAAGAUGAAGAAGCAUCCGGCGCCAUAGUUCAGGAUACCCGUCUUGACAAAAUAUUUUUCGCCCAGCAGGUGAUAAAUAACGCAUGUGCAACACAAGCGAUUAUCAGCAUUUUGCUCAAUUGCAAGCAUCCUGACAUAACUCUCGGCCCCACUCUAACAGAAUUUAAAGAAUUCUGUCAGUCGUUUGAUGCAAACAUGAAAGGGUUAUCUCUUAGCAAUUCUGAGACCAUCCGUUCAGUCCACAAUUCCUUUGCCAGGCAAACUUUGUUUGAAUUUGAUAGCAAAGCUGCCACCAAAGACGAUGAUGUGUACCACUUUGUAAGCUAUUUGCCGAUAGAUGGGAGACUCUACGAGCUUGACGGCAUUAGAGAAGGUCCUGUUGACUUGGGCCCUGUCCCAGCAGAGAAGGAUUGGUUAGAUGUAGUUCGGCCUGUUAUUGAAAAGCGUAUGAAGAAAUACAGUGAAGGUGAAAUCAAUUUCAACUUAAUGGCGAUUGUCUCUGAUCGCAAAGCAAAAUAUGAAAGUAAGAUGCAGAAGAUUGAGAAGCAGAUGGAGGAAGGUGGUAUGGAGACUGAUAGUCAACAAGCCGAACUUUCAAGACUGAGACUGCUGAUUGAAGAAGAGGAUCGUAAGAAGAAGCGUUACCAAGUUGAGAAUGUUCGCCGUAAACAUAAUUACUUGCCUUUAAUUGUUGAAAUGCUCAAGGUAUUGGCCAAGGAGGGACAAUUGUUACCCUUGUAUGAGAAGGCCAAAGAAAAAACUAAGGAUAGAAUUCAGUCUAAACCCAAAGGGAAGGCUGCAUCAUAGUUUUACAAGCUGAACAGCUGUUUUAUGCAAUAAAAUGUCAAUAUCAGAAUGUA